AUGAGUCAACCUCAAGCCGCAAAUGCCAACGUGGUGCAAGUUUUUGGCCGGAAAAAGACAGCAACAGCUGUUGCACACUGCAAGGAAGGCACUGGUAUGAUCAGAGUGAAUGGACGACCUCUGGACAUGAUCGAGCCUAAAUGCCUGCAACUUAAACUUCUUGAACCAAUCAGGUUGCUGACAGCUGUCAGCCUCUACCCGAAAGUAGAUAUCCGAGUUCGAGUUAACGGCGGAGGACACGUGGCGAAGAUUUAUGCAAUUCGUCAAGCUAUUGGCAAGGCUCUUGUGGCGUAUACUGGUAAAGUUUCUGAUGAAAACAAAAAGCAAAUGGUCAGGAAACAACUCAUCAUGUAUGACAAGUCUCUAUUGGUGGCAGACCCCAGAAGACGAGAACCCAAAAAAUUUGGAGGUCCUGGUGCCAGGGCCAGAUACCAGAAGAGUUACCGAUAA